CUUCAGAAACGUCCAAAAUAAGAACCUGGUGGCCAACCUGAGCGGGCGCAUCAUCUUCUCCACGAUACUACUACACCCACUGGACCUGAUAAAGAUCCGCUAAGCAGGCGAGCAAAAACUUUCCAUCUGACAUCCGCGCUGAUCAGCGUCGCCAGCACCAGCCACUCGUCAUGACCGACAUCUGCACAAACGGAGAAAAAUAUGUUGGUGAUAUCAAAGGAGGGAUGAAACCAGCCAUGAAGAUCACCAUCAUGGGAGUUGUAGACGUCGGACCCAAGAGCUUUACAGUCAGUUUGCUGUGCAGUCCCGAAGAUGCGGAGGAAGACGUGGCUCUCCUACUGACAGUCAACUUCCAAGACAGAUCUAUAAUCCGAAAUGCCAAGUUUGCAGAAAUUUGGGGUGCAGCAGAGAAACAAAUUCCAUAUUUCCCCUUCACUCCUGGAAACAACUUUAAGAUGGAGAUCCUCUGUGAGCACCAACAGAUGCGGGUUCUCUUAGAUGGACAAGGACUCUGCGACUUCACACAUCGUGUCCCACAGCUCAAAGCAGUGACGGGUCUUAGGGUCACAGGAGACAUUAAACUUACAAAGGUGGCAUAACACUAAAGCCCGGGGCACUUGGGUUGCAGUCCCCUAUCUACUUGGUACCAUUCUACUACUUGCUUAGUACCAGUCUGCUAUCUGCGUGGUACCAUUUUACUACUUGCUUAGUACCAGUCUGCUACCUGCGUGGUACCAUUCUAAUACUUGCUUGGCACAAGUCCAAUAUCUGCCUGGUGGCAUUAUACUAUCUGAUGCCAGUCCACCGUUUGCCUGGCACAAUUUUACUACUUGCUUGGAACUUGUUCGCGGUCAGUCUAAAAGCUAAAUUAACUUGGUUCAUCUAUGAGACAUUAUAGUGUCAUCAUAAAUUACGGACCCCAGUGACGCCUCUCAGACCCCAUGGACUACAGUGGCUUCCGGCAUCCUGCCAGACAAAAUGCUGCUGCCUGCUUUUUCUCAGACUCCACAGCCGAGGGUCCUAUGAAACCUCUGCCACCGAUCUGAGCCUCAUGUAUUUGGUCACAAAUAUCAGAUUAAACAGUUUUUGUGC